AUGGCGCCGGCUUCCUGGGACGACCUCCUCAACGCUUUACUGUCUCAUGAGGAUGUGAAAUCAGAAUUUGCCGUGGAGGUGCUCUCCGGAGAACGGCCCAAGAAAAUAUUGUCUCAGCUUUUGCCCUCAUUCCCGCCGCAGUCCUUUUCAUCAAAGACCACAUUUGAAUCUACUACCUCCACCAUCCCUUCAUCUUGCGAUACUCUCUACAAUCUCGACGAGCUCAAAACGGACGCUUUGUGGCUGAGCAAACAUGCCGAUCUUGAUGAGCUGGAAUCUUUGCGAUUGACAAUUCUGGAAUGGCAAUACCGUCCAGAGUCGAGGCUGAGAGAAGGAUACUCCGAGGCAGAAGUUGCCAGUCUGAAGGAUGCUCUCGGAUCAGAUUAUGUCGACAAACAGUUACAAGCCCGGGAAGACUCUCUUGCGCGAGAUGACACCAGUUUUGAUACCCAGAAUUCGCGCCGUUUCAGAUUAAUUUGUCGACAUCUGCAGCAGCAAGUCGUCGUGCUACGAAUCAAAAAGGAGCUUUUGGAUCUCAGCCUUUUGCCCGCAUCUGUACAUACCUUGCCGUCAACUCUGCGAAAAUUAGCGUCGAGCCUAAUAUCAACGGAUGAACAAUCCUUGCGCGGUGAUAUUGAGAUCGCCGUCCACGGCAUUCGACGACAAUUGAGGAAUCUGGAGUCUGGUCAAAACUGGGAGACCGAUGAAACGCACACCCCCUUCCUGAAAGACGCGACGGACACAUGUUGCUUGGAAAGCAUUGGGGUAAUUUUGGAACUCCUAAUGCUGAGUGUGAGGAAGUCAAGGGCCACAACAUCUUCAGAGAGUCUCCUGCUUUGGCUGCAGUUGAUGUCAUCUGUUGGGUUUUUCAGUCCAUUCCACUCCGAAAUUGAUGCGCAACUGGUUGCUAUCCAGAAAAUGCAAUCGAUGGGAUCUUUGGUCACAUCCGCUUUGUUGGAUCUGGCUUCUACGGUUGCCACUUUGAACGAAGUCGCUUCCUCUGGCCAAUCGGUACGACCGAACCACCAAGAAGGGUACUUCUUCGACGUCGAUUCGAUUCAUGAUAUUCAUGAACUCCUUUUCAAUCAAGCUAUUCUCGCCAACCCCCACGCUGGACCGACUAUUCUAUCAUGGGCCAUCAUUAUCCAUCAAAUCCGAUUGCUGGCGAUGGCCAUCAAAGAGAAUAGGGAGAGUCAUCAUGUUCAAAAGACGAUCGACGGAGUCGCAACAUUUGACGCCGCUACUGGUCGCCGAAGCUCUGCGAGCAGUAGCACAUCAUUUCAACAAAGUGUCUUUGAGGAUCUGUUGGAGAAGAUUACAACAAGCAGCCUCAACGAAGAUCCAUCCAGCGUUCUCCUCGACAUGGUGAUCGGUCGAUGCGGGGUAUUUGAUUAUAUCGCUUUUCUCGGCGCAUCAACUUCUGGUCUCCCGACCAUCCUCGCGGCUUGCCAGCUGCAAACACUCCAAGAACUCAUCGCCGUAUCUCAGUCCUUUCUAGGCUACACUCCAGAUUUGGUGUCUGCACAGUUAGCCUUGCUGUCGACAGUGCCCGGUGGCUCCCCACAAGAAAGACCGUACGACCCAGUGAUUGAGUUUGUUAAGGAUAAAUAUCUUCUGGAAGGAUUUUAUGAUGUGUCGGCUGCACGAUUUCCCUACGAGUGUCUCCCAUUUCUUCAAUUCUGUAGGGCACUCGCCAAGGCCAACAUUUUCGACAACCAAGGGAUACAAUAUGUCGAGUUUCGCCUCCGGAAUCUCACCACAUUUACUCAAGCGGCAGUCAGGGGCGUCGAGUACAGGACCAUUCGCGAAGACGAGAGUGCCAGCUUUGUAGCCCUCAAUAAACCAGUCAACAUGCUCGAUCUCACGCAAGACAAGCUUCUACCACACGUGACCGAGCAGUCACCGGCCUUCUCCAUCAUUCCCGCCGAUGCCACAGGUGAAGUCAUAUCGGACCCAGAUUCCUCAACCAAAGUGAUCAGGUGGCAACUUGAAUACUCGUGUCUCGCAUACAUGGGCCGGUUGUUGGAACUACAUUAUAUGGGACUCCUUCGCACUUCCCUCUCGCAGUUUGAAGAUCCAGAAGCCGUGAUAUCGGAGAUUAUCGGCAUUUUCGCAACUUUACUGUCGACAAUUAUUGGGAGCACUGCAGGAGGCCGAAGCGAGGACCAAAUACGUCAGCAUUGCGCCAGCAUCUUGGACGAAGCCAACAGCCAACUGAGUCCGGAUGCGGAUAUUGUCUCGUACAUCUUCGAAAUUCUUGAGCAGGAGCUCCAAGCUUUUCGUCGGCGAUCUGUUUCGUCUUUUGAUUGCCGAAUUCUGAUCUCUUGCUUAGACUUUGUCGUUGUUCUCACCAAAAUCCGCCCAUCCUUGGUUUGGUCCAACAUCAGUCGAACAAGUCUCUUCAGCCGCCAAUCCUCCGCCACAUUAGUUCUGGGAAUCGUGUCUGCUGUGGAAAUACCUCGAGGAAAUUUCGACUUCCUAGAGAGAUUCGCUCAACUAUAUGAUGCUCUAAUACAGUUGGCUACCACCGGUCCGGACGAUGCGUUGUCAGGGACCAACGUGACCUCGGCCAGAAGAAAAGCCACGGCACCAACUGUUCUGCGAAUCCAAGGACCGCUAUUACUGACCACAACUGAAAUUCUGUUUAAUGCCUACCAAGCCAUUCCGGAGUGGUCAUUUCAAUCUCCUGCACAGCAGAGUCGCAUCACCAACCUCAUAACAGAAUCUUUCUCCGAUGUCCUUCGCUAUGCCUUCGACAUUGGAGAUGCUCUGGACUCCUUCACCCCACCAACCACAGUUUUCUCUGAGCCUGCCAAGUUUCUCGUUUCAUCAUUCCGAGCCCCAACUCUUGAUGAUGUCGCAGUGAAUCCCAUCCUUCGCAUUCUGUUCUCAUCCGGUCAGCGGGACAUGUUCGGCUUGAGCGCGGAAGACGAAGCUGACCGCCACGUAAGAUCCACUCUGUCUUUGGCAACUUUGCUUGUUCGGUAUGGUCAACGGCGAGGUCUUCCGUUAUCAUCGGCGGAGGUGCACAUCUUCAAUGCGAUGCCUUUACUGGUGCGAAUCCUGCAAACCAGACCUUCGAUUCGCGCUCAUUGUUUGGGGCUGAUUCGAUCCAUCGUAACAUAUGUUGAUCAACAUCAGCCUUCUUCAUUGCUGGGCCACUUGGGUUCUGCUUCUUGCCUCGAUCUCCUUCACCUGGCCAAACACAUAGACCAAGACUCUCAUUCGAGCGAAGUACGCGUUGAGCUCUGGAAGUUCAUGGCUUUGUUGGUAAAAACUUCGCAACAAUGGCUGGCCGUGGUGAUGUUAACCGGGUCAGCACCAGAUGCCGCCAAGAAGGCGAAAUCUCCCGAGUCACCGACCAAAUGUCUUCGCGGAAAAGAUUUUUUAAAAUCUGCUCUGGGUGAAUUGAGUAACAUCUCCAAUCUCUUACCCCAGGUCGCCGCCUCCAUGCUCGAGUUUGCCUUGGAGGCACAGCAAAAUUGGUCAUGGCUGACAAACGACCUCAACACUUCACGGGACUUCCUCACGAAGCUCGUUUCCUUUGUGACCCUCAUCGAGCCAAGUCGUCCACAUGACAUUGACCUUGCCUACCAGAAUUUGAUUGCCUCUCUUGUGACGGAUCUAUCCGCCGUUCACCUCCACCACGCUAAAAUCACCAGAGAUAUUGGUGCUGUUAAAAUCUUUAUCCCUCUUGUCCACUGGCUUACCUCCAAUGCGGUAGAGGUUUCAAGCUAUAAUACUUCUUUGCACAGCAACUUGCGCAGAAAUUUCGCUGCCAAAUACAAUGGGCUUUCUGUCUCGGCCGUUCAGCGCACUGGCCUGACCGAACGACAAUACGGUUUCAACUUUUUCUACGAUCUGGACUACGCAGACAAGUUGUUCUGCAAGGACUCAUUCUGGAAUGGAGGUUCAGGAACGCCCAGCAAUCAGUCCUUUUCGGCAGAGUUCCGCAGGGCAAACGUAAAUCUGUCGGUGGUGGACUCGGAACUGAUACUUCUAUUGAGCCUUCAGCGUUUGUGUUUUGAACACUGCAAGUUCUUUGUCCAAGACCGGGAGAUUCAGAAGGCUAUGGCACACAUUGUUCAAAACUGCCUGCAAGCCAAUUCUCGUAGCUAUCCGGCGGAGGCGAUUUUCGACUCGCUUUUCCAGACCCGUGCAGAUCUGUCAAUAGCGUUACUUCGCGAGCUCAUUGUAGCCGGUGCGAAAGGUUCCGAUUUCAUCAUCUUGUUGGAGUCCGCAUGGGAUGCGGUCAGGUUCAGGAACGGAUCAUAUGAACAAGCCAUCGUCAACGGUGACCUCACUUAUUGGCGCUCGAUGCUCUACGUUCUACUCAUGGCCACACAAUUUCAUGUCAACAAGAAACGCAAACCGACAACGAUACCAGGAACAAGCACCGCGGUGGUCACGCUUGACCCUGCAAACACGACUUUCCUCGAGAUAACAACACGUAUAGUCGCCGAGGGGUUCAAAUCCGCUGUUUCUGCCCUUCAGGACCAAAAACAAAGCAAAUUGAAAAACAACACCGACGAUGAAAACAAUUUUAUUGGCCCACGGGACAUCUCUCUCUUGGUGACAAUGAUGCAGACAAUCCUCAGACUGCCAAACAUUGAUCAGUUCUCGGUCGAAUUGGCUGAGCGAAUCUCUUCUUCCGGUAUCAUCUCAGCGUGUGUUCUGCUUUACUCUUGGGCACACUUGCUUACUGGGCCUGAAUCUGACAAUCAACCUCGUUACGCUGACUUUUGCGUUCAGCUCCUGAGUUCCGUGUCUUCACUUCCGCUCGUGGCAGAGGAACUCGCCAUCGAAGGUGUACUGAAUCGCAUCCUUGCCUCUAAAACUACGGAGUAUCUCCAGCGUGUCCCUGGCGGAGCAUCACAUGUUGACCCGAGACCGAAUUGCGGCUUUCUCUACAGGAUCUGGGCUACAGGUCUGCUGCCCUUGUGUUUGAAUCUCCUACACGCUGUUGGUGGCCCGAUCGCUGCGGAAAUCUCCUCUUUUCUGAAUCAAUUCCCAAAUCAGCUCGUUCGUGCAAGCACGAGCUUUAUGCUAAACCUGCAGACUAAAGCCGAGGAGGGUACGGAUGUCCUGACUCUGACAGUGGCGGGUGAAGCUGGAACAUUAGCACUGAUCUCCUAUAUCUUGUCAUCCUACCGUGAUGCCGGGGCUUCUGCAGCGGUGGAUUCAACUUCAAUACUGCCGUUGAAGGGUUAUGAUGAGCAUAGGAAAGCGAUUGCGGAAGAUGUGAGGGAUGUUCUCGCCUUGAAAGAGGACGUGAGGAGAAAGAUGACUGUACCGACGGACGAGAGAGAAUUGACCUGGCAAACUUCAAAGGAUGGGGACAAGUUAGAUGCCAAGAUUGUUCAGGAGUUGCAAAUGGCGUUGGCAUCCCUGGGUAGAGAUGAUGAUGAAGACGAAAAGUAG